CAGAAGCAGAUUGAUCGGACAAACGAAACAGCCCACCAGUGACAAAUCACAUCUAGAAUGACUUCACUCAAGGGACCUGGAGAAGCUCAGCAGCAUGAUGGCAGCACUCUGAGGAUUGGGAUUGUGCAUGCUCGAUGGAACACAUCAAUAAUUGAGCCCCUCCUCGUUGGCACCAAAGCCAAGCUCCUCGCCUCCGGCGUAAAAGAGUCGAACAUUGUUGUCCAAUCCGUGCCGGGUAGCUGGGAGCUCCCAAUUGCCUGCUCGAAACUCUACUCCGCCUCCCAGAUCCAAUCUACAACAUCCUCAUCCCUGGGUGCCGGCGACCUGCUUGGCUCAAGCACCACAGACCUCACGGCACUCUCCCUUUCCGCUGAUGGGAAAUCCACAACCUCCUCCGGCCCCUUCGACGCCAUAAUCGCCAUUGGGGUCCUCAUAAAAGGCGAGACCAUGCAUUUCGAAUACAUCGCCGAGUCUGUGUCCCACGGCCUGAUGCGCGUGCAGCUCGAUACCGGCGUCCCACUGAUCUUCGGGCUGCUGACGGUCCUGGAUGAAGAGCAGGCGAAAGCUAGGGCGGGUGUUAUUGGAGGGAGUCAUAAUCAUGGCGAGGAUUGGGGCGCUGCGGCUGUGGAGUUGGGUGUUAAGAGGCGGGAGUGGGCUGCGGGGAAGAUCUCAUAG